AUGGGUAUUUUUCGCUCAUUCCUCCGUAUUCCUCAACCUCUGCUCCUUGGAUAUCUAAUUUCAUCGCUGAUGUCUACUGAGCCACGGCAGAAAAUGUUUCUCUAUGGCUGUGCGCUGGCUCUUGGUUUCAGCGCUUUGAUGGAGAAACUAUUAUCUCAAACGCUUAUGUACAGAUGCGAAUUAUUGGGAAUAACCCUGAGUAGUGCUUUGAAUGGUCUAGUUUAUAAGGUAGAUACAUUUGCUUCUGUGAAUUAUAGAGGACGUGAUAAUUCAGUCGAGAAGCCAAGGUCUGAAUAGAAUCAUUGUUUACGUAAAAACGCAAACACAACUGAGGAUUAGCCCUUACUACGAGCCAGCUUUUGUUUGGUUUGACAACGACCGAAAGAAAAAGGCAAAUUCCAUUCCAAAAAUAAACAUAACACGAUGAACAACUUCAUGCUGGUGAGUGGAAGUCGACAUUCAGUCUGAAGUAGCCAAAACUGAAACGUUUCCACGUAUAUAUUAAACUGUUUACAUAAAGGAGGCGAGCGAAGAAAGAGAUCAGUGGCUGCUAAGAUCGAUUUGAGCGAGGCUGUUUUGUAAAAUGUGCCGUCUUGUUUUCUCACGGACGUGUAAAAAGAUUAAGGACAAUUAGAUAUCUUCAGUGGGUGUUUUGAAUUUGUCCACACAGAGACUUCUCAGAGCUACUCAGAAAGGUCAGUGUCCCGAAUCAGGUGGGUUUUCGGGGGGAUAUGGGAGUCGCAUUUUCUAUUAACAAUGGUGAUAGGAAAGAGUAGAGGCCGAUCGGUCUAUAAUCGUGCGAGUGAUUAACAAAAUCGGAAGACCGCGAGGCGGGAAUCCGAUUUGUUAAUCACGAGUAUGAUUUCAAACGGAAUUAGACGACACGAAGUCCUGUCACCAAUCAAUCAAAACUAUGACAAAGUUUGAGGAAGAAAGUACAUAUCGGUUAUACGUUAACAACAGUUAAGAGAGUGUCUCUGUAAGAGCGGUCCGGUCGAUUUUGCUUGAGACACGGAUUUCGCUCGUUUCUCGUGUGUUGUAAGACAUUCAUGUACCUAUACUAAAACCACAAUCAGUUUGAUCGGAUCUCUUUAUUUUUCAGAGUUUUACGGAAAUUAAAUUUCACUCGAGCGAAGGCUUGUCGUGACACUUUUCAAGACUUUAAUUUCAUGCAACUUUGGAGGACAAUUUACAAAAAACUACGGAACUCAGCAAAAAACAAAUACCACAACCAUGUAUAUUAACUCUAUCUUAUCUAUCGAGUCGACUUUCGUAAACAUCACGUGUAGGUGCCAUAGAAAAGACAACUACAGAAAAAAACUUUGCGGCCCGACCUUUACGAGAACUUUAUAACUCCGUGAACUUACCUAAUUUUCGGCAAUCUCCAAGUUUGGCCGCCAUUUUGAGGGACUUGUCAACAUGAAGCGUAACCGAAAUAAAUCAAGCAGGUAAAUCUAAAACCGUCAGAAAUUCAUACGAAAGCAAUUCAAAUGAACUUUACUUUCAAUUCAAGCGGCAAAAUUUGAAAUUGUUCGUUAAACUUACAAUCCUCAUGCGACCAUUUCUUUCAACAAUUCAAACAUUACAACUAGUGUUCGAAUUCCCCUCGUCGAUUCCACCGCAAGAAAUAACCUGUGCCACCCAAGCUUCGACUCGAAUAUGAAGUACGAAUCAAGUAACAUAACUGCUUCAUCUUCGCGGCAAUAUCACGCUGGUAUUUUGAUUUUCCGAUCGACAAGAACGGUGAUCAGGAAUCGAUCGGUUUGUUUACCUCAUAAACGUGACCGCUGACCAGCUGCUGAGUGAAAACAGCACGGUUCAGUAGCGAGGGGCGGGGUGAGGGGUUCAGAAGAUUUUUGGGAACACUCGAACACAUGCAUUAAAGUAUCAUGAUAAACAUUAGGAUUCUCAGUCUUAAUGCGAAGGCAUGCUUCGUAUUGCAGGCAACUUUUGUUUUACUUAGUAUUCUUUUUUAUUUCAAAUACAUUUCGUUCCAAAUAGGACUAGCAUCAGUUCAUAGAUUUAAAAACAAAUCUUUACCAAGUAAAUGAAUGUGUUUAGAUAAUCGAGAUAACCAUUGAACCUCUUGUAUCGCACCGGAAAUAACGUGUCUUGUCUUUGCCCAACUCUGAGAGCGUGGAGCGGCGAAGACGCGAGAUACGAGUCUCGCGUCUCGCGGCUUCACCAUGUUCACAGGAUACGCGUGACCUCACUAUCUUUAAGAAAAAUAAGAGACUGCUCGAAGUCUGUAUUCCGUUCAACCAUUUCAUAAGGGUGACGCGAGUCUUUCAAUUGAGUGAGAAAGUCACAAACCCAUUCUUUACCUCACGAGCGUAACCACUGACCACUCACGAAUUACAGUAGGUUUCUCCUUUGACACGGAAAUUGAAAUCGUAUCGAAUGUACAAAGUUAUAGUGAGUUCCUUUAGAUCUCCCGAACUUGUAUCGCGUUGGAAACAAUUAUAAGUAUAGGAAGAAGUCGUUCAUUAGCGAGACGUUCAUUAUGUCUCAGGACUGCGUUUUGAAUAGCAAAGAUUGAAAAAACUUUGGUUCAUCGUGUGGCUUAAUUGGUUUGGUACGACUGUCUGGAUGCAAUGACGAAGUAAAACAUCAUUUGAUAAGCUGCCACCUGUUUAAAGAGGUUUUUAAAUGAAAAUGAGCUAAUCUUGGCAAGGAUUGGCCUAUUUCACCUCGCUCAGGAGGAUAAACAAAAAAAUGUGGAUUCGAUAUAGGCAUCGCCACACUCUGGGGAAGUUUUAGAGAAGUGCAAAGGUAACAUGUCAGUAUCAUGAUCAUGAUGGUGUCAGGAAGCAUAUCCAAGACAGAGAUGUAAUUACCUUGCAUAUGUCUCAGGACAUUCAAAAGCUGUUUGGAGUUAUUAUUCCAGUUGAAUCAGGUAGUCUUCAGUAACAUUUUCUGUUAUCUGUUUUUGUCACGUGACAUAUCUGCUCGAAAAGAGAAGAAAUUCUUUAUUACAUCAAGGGUACUUAAGUAAACAUCACGUUGAAAAAAAAUAGAUCUAUGUGUAAGUGCUUUUAAUCACAGAUGGAAAUAUGUACAAUGUUGCUCGGUUGAUAAUCAAUAAUGUUUUUUGUAGAAGAUCAAAUCACCUGACAACGCAAUAUACUUACUCAUGCGUACGGUUCACAAUUAUUUGCGGUCAGUUUUCCUCAGUUUGUAUGAUUCUCAUUAACCAAUAUGAUUAAAUUUGCAGACUAAAAAAAAACCCUUAUUUGAUUAAGAAUAAUAAAAGUAAACAGUGCAUGUCGGUUUUUAAUUCCUGGUGGAUGCUACUGGGCUUUACUUUAACUGAGAAAUUUGCAAUCGCUUACCUCAGCUCUCUGUGUCCCAUGCCGUAAGAAGCACAAGAAAAAAGUUGAUGAUAGUGAGUCCUGGAAAAAUCUCAGGGGGUCCUUUGAACCAUCCACUUAAUCUCGCCAGAAGUCAAAGUUGCCUACACUCAUUCUUAGGUUCGUGCGAUUUUACGACGAAUUUUCAAUUCCGGUGUGUUGCACGCGCAACUUUUGAUAGAAAAAACCUGCACGCGACAUAACUUAAAAGAACGUGUCAGCGGAAUGAAUCAAAUCUCUAUCACUUUGCAUACAUUCUUGGGAACAGAAAAAAUUACUUCGAGCAAACAUUCUAAGUAUAGUGUUCAUUCCGUGCAAUGGGGCAUAAAUAAAAGUAUCUGGUGGAAAAGACAUUUUAUUUUAUACCACUGAUGACAAGCAAAAAGGUUAUAUCGGUACCCGGUUAAAAAUAUAUUGAUAACUCUAUUAAUUAAUACCAGUUCUAAUUUAAAGGAAAAAGUUAUGAGAACAAAAUCAAAGUUGUCUGUACUACGAAGCAUGCCUUCACUCUUUAGACUGAUAGUCCUAGGGCUUUUUGAGCAUGUAUUCGAAUAUCUUAUGACAAUAAGCCCGCCAACCACCCCAACCCGCGCAAUGCUGUUUUCACUCAGCGGCUGGUCAGCGGUCACGUUUAUGAGGUAAACAAACCGAUCGAUUCCUGAUCACCGUUCUUGUCGAUCGGAAAAUCAAAAUACCAGCGUGAUAUUGCCGCGAAGAUGAAGCAGUUAUGUUACUUGAUUCGUACUUCAUAUUCGAGUCGAAGCUUGGGUGGCACAGGUUAUUUCUUGCGGUGGAAUCGACGAGGGGAAUUCGAACACUAGUUGUAGUGUUUGAAUUGUUGAAAGAAAUGGUCGCAUGAGGAUUGUAAGUUUAACGAACAAUUUCAAAUUUUGCCGCUUGAAUUGAAAGUAAAGUUCAUUUGAAUUGCUUUCGUAUGAAUUUCUGACGGUUUUAGAUUUACCUGCUUGAUUUAUUUCGGUUACGCUUCAUGUUGACAAGUCCCUCAAAAUGGCGGCCAAACUUGGAGAUUGCCGAAAAUUAGGUAAGUUCACGGAGUUAUAAAGUUCUCGUAAAGGUCGGGCCGCAAAGUUUUUUUCUGUAGUUAUCUUUUCUAUGGCACCUACUUCCUAGCUAUGUUAGUUGGAUCAGUUAAGAACGCCUCACUUUUUCAAAAAUUUACUUUGAAUUUGAUUGGUUUUGGCGUGUUUGAUUUAGGCGAACCGAUAAGGUGUCAUUCAAGUCUUCCUGUUUCCUUGAUUGACACGUGAUGUUUACGAAAGUCGACUCGAUAGAUAAGAUAGAGUUAAUAUACAUGGCUGUGGUAUUUGUUUUUUGCUGAGUUCCGUAGUUUUUUGUAAAUUGUCCUCCAAAGUUGCAUGAAAUUAAAGUCUUGAAAAGUGUCACGACAAGCCUUCGCUCGAGUGAAAUUUAAUUUCCGUAAAACUCUGAAAAAUAAAGAGAUCCGAUCAAACUGAUUGUGGUUUUAGUAUAGGUACAUGAAUGUCUUACAACACACGAGAAACGAGCGAAAUCCGUGUCUCAAGCAAAAUCGACCGGACCGCUCUUACAGAGACACUCUCUUAACUCGGUGAAAUGCAAGACAACAACGCGUGCACGCAACGCGUUUUGUCCACUUACACAGGCAUCACGUGUUGCAUGUCCCUUGAACUGUCCUAUUACACUGUCCAAUUACAAGCAUGACGCGUACACUGUCCUAUUAGUGCUCAAAUCGGGCUGGUGAUAACCAAUCACGUUGGACAAUUUUGUUAUAGUUUUAAUUAGUUCUAAUAUUUCUUCAGUUGUAAGCUCUGGGGCGAAUCGACCUUUUUACGCCAUUGUUGCACGUCUCGCUCGCAUAAUUGACCGUAUGUGUCGGAAUGAAGCUGUAAACUCGGAGCUACUCUAUAAGCUCACAACAUGACUGCGUUUUGCCAAUCAGAAGGCUAGAAAUUCAAUAAUCGUGCUCCAGUUUUUACUAAAAAGAAAUUGUUCCUCUUUUCCAGACACUUUUACUCAGAAAAGACGGAUUGUUCCAGUACACAACAGGUAAAGUGGUUGACCUGGUUUCAAACGAUGUUCAGCGAUUGGAAGGAGAGACUAUCAAGUGGAUCUUUUUUGGUUUCUUUACAUUAACUGAGCUCCUCUUUAUCUCGUUUUUAAUGGUGUAUUUCAUUGGCUGGCAGUCUCUCAUGGGAGUACUUUUUUUGUAUCUUCUCCUUCCGUAUUUCGUCUUAUUAUCCAAAGGGGGUACUGUUCUGCACUUGCGUACAGCAGCGGUCUCUGACCAACGCUCCCUCCAAUGA